AUGACAGCAGCUAAGGAGGAGGAGGCAGAGCGCUUCCCACGGUUCCAGGAGGACACGCCACACGGCACCACACGGGACUCGCUGAGAAUUCAGGGAGCAGGGACGCAGCAGGAAAACGGGAUCACCCCUCUGCACGUGGCCUCCAAACGGGGAAACACAAACAUGGUGAAGCUCCUGCUGGACCGCGGAGGUCAGAUCGACGCCAAAACCAGGAACGGGAUCACCCCUCUGCACGUGGCCUCCAAACGGGGAAACACAAACAUGGUGAAGCUCCUGCUGGACCGCGGAGGUCAGAUCGACGCCAAAACCAGGGACGGGCUGACGCCGCUUUUUGCUGCGCAGAACGGGCUGUCCCCACUGCACAUGGCCGCGCAGGGCGACCACGUGGACUGCGUCAAGCACCUGCUACAGCACAAGGCGCCCGUGGACGACGUCACACUGGACUACCUGACGGCCCUGCACGUGGCCGCGCACUGCGGCCACUACCGCGUCACCAAGCUGCUUCUGGACAAGCGGGCCAACGCCAACGCCCGAGCCCUGAACGGCUUUACUCCACUGCACAUUGCCUGCAAGAAAAACCGCAUCAAAGUCAUGGAGCUGCUGGUGAAAUACGGGGCUUCCAUCCAGGCGGUCACCGAGUCGGGCCUCACGCCUAUACACGUGGCGGCCUUCAUGGGCCACCUGAACAUUGUGCUGCUGCUGCUGCAGAACGGCGCCUGCCCAGACGUCACUAACAUUCGUGGGGAGACGGCACUGCACAUGGCGGCCCGGGCGGGCCAGGUGGAGGUGGUGCGAUGCCUGCUACGCAACGGCGCCCUGGUCGACGCCAGAGCCCGGGAGGAGCAGACGCCUCUGCACAUCGCCUCGCGCCUGGGCAAGACGGAGAUCGUGCAGCUGCUGCUCCAGCACAUGGCGCACCCGGACGCAGCCACCACCAACGGGUACACGCCCCUGCACAUCUCCGCCCGCGAAGGCCAGGUGGACGUGGCCUCGGUCCUCCUGGAGGCCGGGGCUGCCCACUCCUUAGCUACCAAGAACGGCUACACUCCCCUGCACAUCGCCGCCAAGAAGAACCAGACGCAGAUCGCGUCCACGCUCCUCAACUACGGGGCCGAGACCAACGUGGUGACCAAGCAGGGCGUGACCCCGCUGCACCUGGCCUCCCAGGAGGGCCACGCGGACAUGGUCGCCUCGCUCCUGGACAAGGGCGCCGACAUCCACACGUCGACCAAGAGUGGACUCACGGCCUUGCACCUCGCAGCCCAGGAGGACAAAGUGAACGUCGCUGACAUUCUCGUCAGGCACGGGGCGGACCAGGACGCCCACACGAAGCUCGGUUACACUCCUUUAAUUGUGGCCUGUCACUAUGGAAAUGUGAAAAUGGUCAACUUCCUUCUGAAGCACGGAGCCAAUGUCAAUGCCAAAACCAAGAGUGGCUACACGCCCCUGCACCAGGCCGCACAGCAGGGCCACACACAUAUCAUCAAUGUGCUGCUGCAGCAUGGGGCGAGGCCCGAUGCCACCACCACGGCUGGAGAAGUUACCAAGACACAUUCAGAUGUGAUGGUGAAAACGAGUUGGAGGAGGCGCUGGCUCCUGGGGCGAGCCCUGGCCAUCGCUAAGCGGCUGGGCUACAUCUCGGUGGUCGACACCCUGAAGGUUGUGACGGAGGAGGUCACCACCACCACGACAACUAUCACUGAGAAGCACAAGCUGAACGUUCCCGAGACCAUGACCGAGGUGCUGGACGUCUCUGACGAAGAGGGAGACGACACGAUGACAGGGGACGGCGGGGAGUACCUGCGGCCCGAGGACCUGAAGGAGCUGGGGGACGACUCGCUGCCCAGCAGCCAGUUCCUGGACGGGCUGACUUACCUGCGCUACAGCCUGGAGGGCGGGCGCUCCGACAGUGCCGUGCCCAGCCUCCGGUCCUUCAGUUCCGACAGGUCGCACACCCUGAGCCACGCCUCCUACCUGAGGGACAGCGCCAUGAUCGACGACACCGUUGUGAUCCCCAGCCACCAGGUGUCAGCGCUCGCCAAGGAGGCGGAGAGGAGCGCCUACCGCCUCAGCUGGGGCCCCGAGCACCUGGACAAUGUGGCCCUUUCUUCCAGCCCCAUCCACUCAGGCCGCACCUCUCCAUGUCUCGACCGUGACAACAGCAGCUUCCUGGUCAGCUUCAUGGUGGACGCCCGCGGGGGUGCCAUGCGCGGCUGCAGACACCACGGGCUCCGCAUCAUCAUCCCGCCGAGGAAGUGCACGGCCCCCACACGGGUCACCUGCCGCCUGGUGAAACGCCACCGCCUGGCGACCAUGCCCCCGAUGGUGGAGGGAGAAGGCCUGGCCAGCCGCCUGAUCGAAGUCGGACCCUCUGGCGCGCAGUUCCUGGGUAAACUCCACCUGCCAGCGGCUCCCCCCCCACUUAACGAGGGAGAAAGCUUGGUCAGCCGCAUCCUCCAGCUGGGGCCUCCUGGAACCAAGUUCCUUGGGCCCGUCAUCGUGGAGAUCCCGCACUUCGCUGCCCUGCGAGGGAAGGAGAGGGAGCUGGUGGUGCUGCGCAGCGAGAACGGGGACAGCUGGAAGGAGCACUGCUGCGAGCACACGGAGGACGAGCUCAACGAGAUCCUCAACGGCAUGGACGAGGUGCUGGACAGCGCUGAGGACCUGGACCGUAAGCGCAUCUGCCGCAUCGUCACGCGUGACUUCCCGCAGUACUUCGCCGUGGUAUCCCGUGUCAAGCAGGACAGCCACCUGAUCGGGCCCGAGGGCGGCGUGCUGAGCAGCACGGUGGUCCCGCAGGUGCAGGCGGUGUUCCCCGAGGGGCGCGUGCGUGGCCAGGGGCACCUUGGGGGGAGGGGACUGGCUGCGCAGCCUAUGCACGGCGAGCUGGUCAGGAAGAUCCUGGGGAACAAAGCGACCUUCAGCCCGAUCGUCACCUUGGAGCCCAGACGGAGGAAGUUCCACAAGCCCAUCACCAUGACCAUCCCCAUCCCCAAGGCCGCCAGCGACGUCAUGCUGAACGGUUUUGGGGGAGAUGAUCCGACCUUGAGACUCCUGUGCAGCAUCACAGGCGGGACCACUCCUGCGCAGUGGGAAGACAUCACAGGAACCACGCCAUUAACAUUUGUCAAUGAGUGUGUUUCCUUCACCACCAACGUGUCUGCCAGGUUCUGGCUGAUCGACUGUCGGCAAAUCCAGGAGUCCGUCGCCUUCGCCUCCCAGGUGUACAGGGAGAUCAUCUGCGUGCCGUACAUGGCCAAGUUCGUGGUGUUCGCCAAGUCGCACGACCCCAUCGAGGCGCGGCUGCGGUGCUUCUGCAUGACUGACGACAAGGUGGACAAGACUCUGGAGCAGCAGGAGCACUUCGCGGAGGUGGCCCGCAGCCGGGACGUGGAGGUGCUGGAAGGAAAGCCCAUCUACGUUGAUUGCUUUGGCAAUCUCGUGCCAUUAACCAAGAGUGGCCAGCAUCACAUAUUCAGUUUUUUUGCCUUUAAAGAAAACAGACUUCCUCUCUUUGUCAAGGUACGAGACACGACUCAGGAGCCGUGCGGACGACUAUCAUUUAUGAAGGAGCCGAAGUCCACGCGAGGCCUGGUGCACCAGGCCAUCUGCAACUUGAACAUCACCCUGCCUGUCUACAUCAAGGAGUCCGAGUCGGAUCCGGAGCAGGAGGAAGAGAUCGAUGUGACAUCAGAAAAAAACGAUGAGACAGAGUCGACAGAAACAUCUGUCCUGAAAAGCCAGCUGGUCACUGAGGCCCCAGCCCUGGCGAGCCCGGACCUGCUCUCGGAAGUCUCUGAGAUGAAGCAGGGCCUGCUGAAGAUGAGUGCCCUGCUGACCACAGAUGCGGCCGACAGGGCGGGGCCGCUCAGGGACAAGGAGCCGGCUGGGCCCUCCCAGGAGGAGCCGGGGGAGCCCUUUGAAAUCGUGGAGAAAGUGAAGGAGGACUUAGAGAAGGUGAACGAGAUCCUGAGGGGGGCGUGCUCGGAGGGGGAGGGCCGUGAGCCGGGGCCCCAGCAGGACGAGGAGUGGGUAGUUGUCAGUGACGAGGAGAUAGCGGAGGCCAAGCAGAGGGCACCCCUGGAAGUCCCCGAGGUCCCCUGUGUGGAAGUGAGACUAGCGAGGGAGACCCCAGCCCAGGGACAGAAGGAUGCCACGGGGCUGGUCAACUACCUCAUCGAGGACCUGAGCUCCUACACGGCCUCUCCCGGAGGGGCCCCGCAGCCAGUGCCCCGUGCGGCUGGGCGCGCCGGGAGCCAAGGGAAGGACGUUCCCCGAGAUGGGACGCAGAGAGCGCAGAAGGAGCGCAAGCCGGGCCUGGGCGUGAAGAAGCCCGCGCGGAGGAAGCUGAGAGAAGACCUGACGCAGAAAGAGGAGGCCGCACAGGCCGGCGCGGGGAAGCUGGGGCUGCGAAAGGGCAGCUCCGAGGAGUCCGCGGAGGAGGACGCGGGGUUAGCGCCGGAGCCGCAGCCCGCGGGGAAGGCCACGUCGCCCUUGGUGGAGGAGACGCCCAUCGGCUCCAUCAAGGACAAAGUGAAGGCCCUUCAGAAGCGGGUGGAAGACGAACAGAAAGGUCGGAGCAAGUUGCCCGUCCGAGUCAAGGGCAGAGAGGAAGUGCCCCGGAGGGCCAGCCCCAGGCUGCCACCAGCCGCCUCGCCCCCUCUGAAGUCCGACAGGCGGGCACCUGCCCCCCCGGCCUCCAAGGCAGACAGACACUCUUCCCUCGCCGCCUCCGCCAAGUCCGACAGGCAUCCUCCCCCAUCACCACCGAGUAAAACGGACAGACACUCGCCCGUGUCUCCCUCAACGAAAAACGGACACUCGCCCGUGUCUCCCUCAACGAAAAACGACAAACACUCGCCCGUGUCUCCCUCAGCGAAAAACGACAGACCCUCGCCUGCAUCCUUGUCAGGCAAAAACGGGAAACACUCCCCUGUGUCGCCUUCAGGCAGAGCAGACAGACACCCACCUGCGUCGCCAUCGCCAUCGGGAAGGACGGACAAACAUGCACCUGCGUCGCCGGGGAGGACAGACAAGCGCCUGCCCGUGUCCCCGGCGGCCAGGACGGAAAAGCACCCGCCAGGGCCAGCCCCUGGGAAAGCGGAGAAGCGCCUCUCGGCACCCCCGUCUGGGAAAACGGAAAAGGCAGCUCCCGUGUCCCCCACCUCGAGGACCGAGCGCAUCGAGGAGACCAUGUCCGUGCGGGAGUUGAUGAAGGCCUUCCAGUCAGGUCAGGACCCGUCCAAACACAAGGCCGGACUCUUCGAGCACAAAUCCCCCAAACCAAAGCCGCCGCAGGAAAAGGGCCGGGCUCGGGCAGAGAAAGAAAAGGGGCAGGGGCCCGCCCAGAGAGAGACCCCGAAAACCGGGAGUCCGCCCCCCAAGCCCGGCCAGAGGUUCCUGGGAGCUGUGGCCACAGGUGCCUCGGGGCCAAGAGAAAACGCCGCUGGAGGGAAGGAGCCGGUGUCGGGCCACACGAUGCCGCCACCUGUGGGGCAGGCCCUCGGGGAGGAGCCGGACGAGCGGGGCAAUGGGGACCCCCAGAUCAGCCCCGACCGCAGAACCUCCACCGACUUCUCGGCGGUGAUUAGGCAGGAGCUGGAGGACAACGCCCGGUACCAGCAGUUCUGCCACCGGGAGGAGCCGGAGCCGGCAGAGGCGCAGCUGGUCCCGGAGCAGGUGCUCACCAGCCCCUUCCCCAGGGCCUUCCAGCCGGAGCCGGACAGCGGGGAGCUGCUCCCGGGCCUGGCCUUCCGCCUGGAUGGCAGCUGGGAGAACCUGCGGCAGGAGGGGGCGGUGGGGUCCCCGUGUGGCAGCCUGAUGGAGGGGACCCCCCAGGCCAGCUCAGAGGAGAGCUACAAGCACGAGGGCCUGGCCGAGACCCCCGAGACCAGCCCAGAGAGCCUUUCCUUCUCACCAAAGCAAAGCCAGGAGCAACCUGGGGAGCCCAGUGAAACCACCCCCUUGGAAACAGACAGUCGUCCGGGUGAAGAACGGUCCUCCACCAAAGACACUGGCGACGCUGCCGGAGAGCCUGGCGUGGCUGUCACCGGGGGCGCUGAGCCCGCAGCCAGGGGUGUGAAGGAGGCCACCCCGGACCUUCCCAGAGAGACGGGCCCCACCCCCGGGGGCGGUGACCUGGGCCACUGCGCUGUGUCCCCAGCGAAGGAGGCUCCUGCCCGUCUGACUGAGGACAUGCCCGGUGAGGACGGUCCACCUGCCCAGGAGACACGGACUGAGCCCCGAGCUCAGAGACCCACAAGCCCCGAGCCCGAGGCCCCCGUGAUGACUGGCCAGGCCCAGGACGACAGUCUGGAGCAGACGUCCCUCGUGGAGAGCUCAGGGAAGAGCCCCCUGUCCCCCCCCCCCCCCAGCUCCGAAGAAGUCAGCUACGAGGUCACCCCCAAGGCCUCAGACACAAGCCCCCCCAAACCAGCUGUGAUUCCCGAAUGCGCAGAGGAGGACAUGGAAAACGGGGAGAGAAAGAGGUUCACCCCUGAGGAGGAGAUGUUUAAAAUGGUCGCCAAGAUCAAGACCUUUGACGAGCUCGAGCUAGAAGCCAAGCAGAAGAGGGGCCACCGGAGAGAGCCCGAGCCUGAGGGCUCUUCCUCCUCCCAGGGCGCUGACCCAGGCCUGCUCCCGGAGCCGGUCAUCCACGUGCAGCCGCCGUCCCCACUCCCAUCCAGCGUGGACUCCAGCUCCAGCCCCGAGGAAAUGCCCUUCCAGCCGACCGCCUCCAAGCAGUACACGUUCAGGGUGAGGGAGGAUGCUGAGGGGCCCGGGGCGUCGGGAGAAGAAGUGUGCGCACCUCAUCCGCCGGAAGGCAGCCAGGUGGGUCGCCCCGGGGGCCCGGACCCAGCCUCCGACGGCCUGGACAGAGAUGCUGACCAGCCCCAACUCUGCGCGGGCCUCGGGUGUGAAGCGGGGAGCACAGGCAGCUGGGCCUCGCCCAGCCCCUCAGGUCCCUGUGGCGCCCCCCAUGCUGAGGUCCAGGAGGAGCUGGCUGGCGGGGAGGAGCCAUCGGCCCCGCAGCCCCUGGAGAAGAAGGACUCGGAGGGAGAGGCGUGCCCAGGAGCUGUGCUCCCCAGCGAAGGCUCUUCACCUCCGCCCCCAGGGCCUGAUGGUCCAGCAUCUGAAGGAAGAGCGUCAGAUGAAGACCUCGUCUCUGCACCUCCCACCACGGAAACGGGGGCCGCAGGACCCGGCCACGCCCCCAGGAGGCUCCCCAGGGCCUGCCCCAUGCUCGCCGCCACCACCACUCACACAGACACACUGUCCACGGACGGCCCAGGCUCCGACCGAGCCGGGACCGAGGACGUCUGUGACCUUCACAUCACAAGCCCGUAUGAAAACGUUCCUCCCCAGUCUUUUUUCUCCAGCGAAGAGAGCAAAACCCAGACAGAGGCGAGAUACGUGAGCUUUCACUCGGCAGAAGCGUGUUCUGUGACCAUCACGUCUUCUGCGGAAGGUGUGGCGGGGGCCCGCUCCUCCUGUGCCACCGUUUCAAGCAGAGAGUGCACUUUUGAGGGCCAGAGCAUGAAAUCCACGCAAGAAAGCACCUUGUGGGAGAUGCAGGUGGAUGGCGCCCCUGCGUCCGUCGGGCCCCCGCAGCCCUGCGCCUCUGCGGUCCCCGGCGAACAGGUGAGCACAGUAGUCAUCACCACCAGCCACGUGGACUCGGAUUCCUGGAGCGAGAUCCGCGAGGAUGACGAAGCCUUUGAGGCCCGCGUGAAGGAGGAGGAGCAGAAGGUGUUCGGUCUGAUGGCAGACAGGCAGUCCCAGGGCACCACCCCAGACACCACGCCGGCCCGGACCCCCACCGAAGAGGGGACCCCAACCGGUGACCAGAACCCGUUCCUGUUUCAGGAGGGCAAGUUGUUCGAGAUGACCCGGAGCGGCGCCAUCGACAUGACCAAGAGGUCCUAUGCCGAUGACGGUUUUCACUUUUUCCAAAUUGGGCCGGACUCCCAGGAGGAGACCGUCUCUGAGGACAUGGUAGGAGGCGGGGCUGCCGCCGAGCCCUCAGGGCUGGAGACACCAGCUCGGUCACUGGCACUUUCAGAAUCAAAAGACACAGACCUGGCUGACUUGCUUCCCUCUGACCUGAGUGAGGAGGGAGAGGGAACCCCGGCUUCCGAUAGUCACUUUUGCUCCCCGACAGGGAUCCUAGCCCCCCUGGACACGUCGGUUGCCUCUGUGGGCGCCGAGGACCUGCCCUCCAUGCCCGGGGGCGCCACACCUCCUCUGCCCGCUGUCCAGGUCCCGAUGGACGUCUCCACAGUCACUGGGUCCGGAGUCUCAGGACAGGACGGUGGCUCUCCUGACUCCUCCCCGGAGGAGCAGAAGUCAGUCAUUGAGAUCCCCACGGCAGCCACAGAGAGCGCGCCUCCUUCGGAGAGCCAGUCCCAGGCCCUGGUCCGGCCCGGGCCCCCUGCCGCCCCCGCCCCGGCCCCUGCAGAGGAGAGCCUGCUGCCCAGCCCAGGCGAGGACAGGAGCGAGCAGGAGACAAAGCCCAGGUCUAAAAUCCCAGUGAAGGCGCCCCCCCACGCAGCGGGGCCGCAGCCUUCGCCUCUGCACUCCUCCCUGCAGAAGACGGGGCCUCCUCAGGGACAGGACGUGCCAGGCAGGGCCGCAGGUGACAGGGGCACCUCUGACUCAGAGGCCAGGCCUUGGGACUCAAAGACCAGAAGUCCAGCGAAAGCUCCAAGCUGUGCUGAGGCCGAAGCAGAGAGCGGGGAGUGGGCGGAGGAGCUCACGCUCGAGUCGGAGGCCGCAGCCUCGAGACCCAAGGUGUUUGCCUCCCGCCUGCCGGUGAAGAGCAGAGGCGCCCCAUCUUCCUGCAGGGGGGCCCCAAGCCCCACCCGGGAGAGCAGGGAGCACUUCCUUGACCUUUACAGGGACUCCAUAGAGUUCUUCGAGGAGAUUAGCGAGGAGGCGUCCAAGCUAGUGGACAGGCUCAGCCAGGCAGAGAGGGAGCAGGAGGCAGUCUCGGAUGACGAGAGCAGUAGCGCCCUGGAAGCCUCGGUGAUCGAGAGCCUGCCACCUGCCGCGCCCGAGCGCGCGGGCCCUGAGGACAUCUUUGACGCCAGGCCCAUCUGGGAUGAGCCCAUUGAGACUCUGAUUGAGCGCAUCCCCGAUGAGAGUGGCCAUGACCCCACGGAAGAUCAGCAGGAUGCGCAGGAGCGGAUGGAGGAGCGGCUGGCCUACAUCGCCGACCACCUGGGCUUCAGCUGGACAGAACUGGCCAGAGAGCUGGACUUCUCCGAGGAGCAGAUCCACCAGAUCCGGGUGGAGAACCCCAACUCCCUGCAGGACCAGAGCCACGCGCUGCUCAAGUACUGGCUGGAGCGGGACGGGAAGCUCGCCACCGACACCAGCCUCAUCGAAUGCCUCACCAAGAUCAACCGCAUGGACAUUGUGCAUCUCCUGGAGACCAGCACGGAGCCGCUCCUGGAGCGCGCCAGCCACAGCUACGCCGAGAUGGAGCAGACCAUCACGCUGGACCACAGCGAAGGGUUCUCAGUGCUGCAAGACGAGCUGCCCGCGCGGCACCCGCAGGCCCACGAGCACGCAGCGUCCAGAGCAGGCGAGGCCUGUGGUCACCCCCCUAUCGUUUCUGAUGAAGACCUCUCCAUCGGCUACUCCACGGUCCAGGAUGGCACCUCCAGGACGGACGGGGACAGCCCCGCUGGGGAGCGCCUCCCCCAGGAGCGGACACAGGCCAUGAGCGGUCUCUUCUCCGGAGGAGCCACCGUCCAGCAGGCAUCAGGGGCCGGAAGGGGGUCCGUGCUCCCCUCUGCGGCCCUGGUCUCGGCGGGCAGGGGGCACCUGCUCGCUGUAACCCGCCUUCCCUUUCAGUGUGACCAGCCCGUGGACACCAGGGCCAGACACCGCAAAGGCCACAGCAGCCCCAGGCCCUCCCAGCAGGACCCCCGAGGAGGACCGGCCCCGCCGCCCCGGGAGCGGGCGGACUCGCCCCUCGUGCAGGAGCCCGAGGAGUUCAGGGAGGCCAGCUCUCCGAGGAGGAACAGCCUAGUGAUCGUGGAGUCGGCCGAUGAGCAGCCACCGGCCUUCGAGAGCCUCGAUGCAGACUCGGCGUUUCAGAAGGAGCUCACGGCCGAGCUGGGCGAGCUGGAAGCCAGCUCCGAUGAGGAGGCGCUGGUCACCACCAGGGUUGUCCGCCGGCGGGUGAUCAUUCAGGGAGACGACGUGCCUGACUUGCCCCCAGAAACGGUCACGGAGGAGACAUACGUGGACGAGCACGGGCACACGGUGGUGAAGAAGGUCACCAGGAAGGUCAUCCGGCGGUUCGUGUCCUCGGAUGGCACCGAGCGGGAGGAGGUCACCGUGCAGGGGCAGCCCCAGGAGCCUGUCAGCCUCGCGGACGCGGACGCCUACUCCAAGGUCAUCAAGCGCGUGGUGCUGAGGAGCGACACGGAGCAGGCGGAGGUGGCCGUGUCCGAGCCCGGCGCCCUGUGCGAGGCCUCGCAGUUCCAGGCGGAGCCCGUGGAGGGCCGCCGUGUCAGCAAAGUCGUCAAAACAACGGUGGUGCGUGGAGAGAGGAUGGAGAAGCAUCUGGGGGACCCCCGUGUCGCCCCUGACCUUCCCUCGGCCAAAGAUGACUUCGAGCAGGCUCUGAGUUACACGGGCAGCCACGAGAAAGUCCACGCUCCCAGCUUAGUGGAGGAGGAAGUCCUGAGAGAGGACGGAUCAGUCGUGAAAAGGACGACGCUCCGUAAGGCCCGCACACAGAAGCGGGCCGUGGUGAGGGACCGGCGUGGGAAGCGCGUGCACCUGGAGUCCCUGGAGGAUGUGCCCGAGGCCCUGCAGCGGGACGACCUCCAGCGCGACCUCCAGCAGCUCCUGCGGCACUUGUGCGGGGACGACGUGGAGCAGGAGGCCACGUGAGGCCGGCUCCCCAGACCCUCAGCCCACGGCGCCGAUUGUGAGACACCUGCCUGCCCCCCCCCCCACGCUGAGCACACGCUCCCUGGUUAGUGUCCCCUUAACUGUCAGCUAAUUUGUGACCAAAGAGAGCCUCCUCCCCGGUGCUGGGUCCCGGCUCCUGGCCUCCGGCUGCCCUGGGAACUGGCGCUCACCCUCCUCCACUUCGCCCAGCCCCAUGGGGGCCCUCGGCCUCGGGCUCCCACAGACUCUCCCGUGACAGCAGGCAACAGGCGUCCCGCAAGGGCGUCCGGGUACCAUGUACUUAGAAAACGCUCAGAUGAGCACACGGUGGGUGAGAGCCACUGCCUGGGGUCACCACGUGGGCACCGGGAGCAGGGGCCCUGGAAGCGCUGGACAUGGCAAGUUCAGGGGUUGCGGACACAACCGGAGGACAGCACGCCCGGCCGCUGCAGGAGAGGCACCUUCGACCACCCGUCCUGCCGCCAGCACAGCCAUGGCCUGGGAGCCCCCGGCCGCGGCCCCAGGCAGGCAGGGAGCAGGGCGUCCAGGUGCUAGCAGCUGCCCGGGGCCUCCUAGCGUCUUCAGGUCUUUGAUUUCGGACACGUUGGCAGGGUAUCGACGAGCUGUAACGCUGUAGUCUCCAGAUCUCAUUGCUGCUGAGCAAACCGCGCUGUCUUACCCGUGGCCCCUCCUCCGGCCGCGGCUCCGUAGAUACAACCUUGGGAACAGGAUCUGCCCACGACACACAGACCAGACUCCUCGCCGUGGGGGAGUGGCUCCCUCCUCUCUCUCCCGUUCACUCUCCACUGACGCCUGCAUGUCGCAUCUGAAACCCUCCCAAGUCGGACCCUCUUCCCGUGAGGUGGCGGUUUCCACUCCCUCCCCGGGGCGGUGAGCUCACAGGAGAGAUGGAGGCAUCCUCACCAGUUUCGUUUUGGUUGAAAUUUGGGGUUUAUUUAUUUGAAAUCCAGACUCCCUUGGGAACCAGGGGGUGCCUGUGUGCGCCUCUCUGGGUGUGCGUUUCAGAGGGCGGGCGGCCGUCCUCAUGCCCUGGCCUAUUGCAAGUAUAUUCCUAUGCACAGAGCAUCUCUGGAUCAGUUAUCUAUGAAAGAGAAGUGUAUCCAACAGAGAUGACUUAAAACAGACCCGGCUCUCUCCUCGCGGAUGGAGCCCUUCCCGGUUCCAGCCGGUCUUUUCCUGUCGAGCAGAAAUGAGUCCCUGCUCCCAAGGUCACGACGAGGACCAGUGCCAGCGCGGCGUUUGGGGAGCGUCACCCCGAGGGUUUCCUGGGCGGGAGUGUCACAACCAGGCCUGACCCCAGUGCCCGGCGUGGGGCCUCUGGGCAGGAGGAAGCUUCGUCCAGCAGCCGGUGGGCAGACGGCGCCCUCGGACCCUCCCUGAGUGGAGAAAGCGUGGCUGUUGUGUAACUUGCAGUGCAGGUGGCGUCUGUGUGACGUUCUUACCUUUGUUUUGAAUCUUGCUGUGUGAUCAGAAAACUUGAAUCCUGUGAGAAGAAGUGCAUUUUCAGUUGACGAAUCAGCAUCUUGUUCCCAUGGCGAUAACCCUAAUUGAAUAUAUCUAUGAGGCAUGUACCAGUUAAUGGGGAAAGUACACCACUAACCACACAUAGCUGCAGACCGUGUACCAUGGCUGAUUAACCUAAAUAAAACGUACAAGUGUCC